UUUAAAUAUUAUACCAUUUACUUUAUUAUUUAUUAUUAAUGAUUUAAUUAAUCUAGUCAAUGACCACCUACCUACUACUAAAACCUCAAUUGCUUCAUACUAUGUAAUUUAUAUGAUAUAAUUAUAUAAAUGCCUUCAACACAUUUCCAUAAUUAUUAUAAUCCCUGUAAACAAAUGUUGUAAUUCGUCAGUUAAAAUGAAAGUUUUUUAUUUUCUCUUAAACAAUAAUUACGAUAAAACUAUGAUGCAUUAUAUUUUUUAGUUUUUAUUACUUUAUAUCAAGACAAAGUGUAAUAACUAUGGAACCCAAUAUGAUUAAUCAUAAAAGCAAAAUUAAGUCAAGAAAGCCGGCAGAAUACCAGCAUAAACAGUACGCAAAAUUUAUUAAACAGUGUCAUUUGAAUUUAAGGUUAAGUUCACAAGAAAUUGGUGCUGAUGAAGCGUGGAAAAAACAUUGUUCGGAUGAGUUACUUUUAAAAAACUAUUCCAGUACAAUGCAUCAACUUGCUUCACAAUUUUGGGACGCAAAUAACAAACAAGAAAUUACCAGCUGUAGAAUUUCAUGGAUUGCACAAAAUGCCCUAAAAUAUUUUGAAGAUGAUUUUCUUCAUGAAAAUGAACGAGAGGAGUUAUUAGCUAAACGUUUUAAAGUGAACAUUGUUGACGACCUAUGUACUAAACCUGAUAACCCGUAUUACUUACUUGAUGUAGGAAGUUGUUAUAACCCCUUUAAAAGCUAUUCAUUUUUUAAAGUGUUACCUAUAGAUAUAGCUCCAGCAUUUGAAAGUGUUGUGAAAUGUGAUUUUCUUUCAGUAAAUAUUGGAGCAGAGCUCAGUGUUACUAAAAAUGUUUGCUAUACAUUGCCGUUUUCUAGCUUUGAUGUAGUAGUGUUUUCAUUUUUACUAGAAUAUUUUCCGACUCCGUGGCAAAGGUAUACAUGUUGUGAGAAGGCAUAUAGUAUUUUAAAACCAGCUGGUUUAUUAAUUAUAGCUACACCAGAUUCAUCCCAUGCAACCCAUAAUUCAAAACUUAUGAAAAAUUGGAAAUUUGCAUUAGCUAAUUUAGGUUUUUGGCGUAUUAAAUAUGAAAAACUUACGCACAUGCAUUGCAUGAUUUUUAAGAAGUGUAAAUCAAAACAAAUUCCACUAAAUUGGUUGCACUCAAUGAAUUUGAAAAAUAGUAGUUUUGAAAGUUACAUAACUAUUCCUCAAGAUUAUAGAAUUUAUCUGGAUAUCGAUGAUAAGCCUAACAAUUCUGAAAGUACUAAUUGUGAAGAUAUCGCUAAUUUAUUUUCUGAAUUAGUAGACAAUAUAACAGAGUAAUAAUUGUUUAACACGUUCAACGCCAACGGUAUUUUCUAGUUAUUUCCCUACUCGCUGAUUAUUACUGUGUUUAUUUGUAUAACAUGUUAUCCGCACCAAAAAUAAAUGUUAGUAAAGUAAGUUGUUACUACUUUUAAAUAUUACAAAAAAGUAAUUUAUUUAUUGUUAAUUAUUCCAAUUAACAAUACCUCAUACUUGCACAAUAAACAAAAAAAAAAAAACAAUAUUUUUGAGGUAUUUACAUUAGUGAUGAAUCAGAAAUUAUUUUAGACAUAUUUAACAAUAGAAAUAUCUCUAUUUAAUGUAUUUAAAAGUAAUGAUACUUUUUUUAUGGUAUAAUUGUUUCAAUUAAUAAAAUAUACUUCCUGCAUAGAAUUGUUUAAUUUGACUGAAGAAAAAAUAAACUGAAAAAUACUAGGAAAGUAAUAUUAGGGAUUGUCUGUAGAUUUUACAGGCAACGCCCUGUACAAACUUCAAACCAUUUAUAAUAGAUAUAUUAAAUAACGAUAAUUAGUAGCUUUUGGUUAAACAUAAAAGUUAUAUGUUAUAACAUGUUAAGUGUUAAACAUAAAACAUACCACAUUUGUAUUAUUAUCAAUGGCGCCUGACUACAUUUUUCAAAAUUUCUACAAUUAUUUGGUUUUUAUCAUUCAGCAAAUACUUUAGGUUUAUCGUCUGAGUAGUGUUAUUAUUAAAACAGCCUUAUAGAAUAAUAACGGCAAAUAUAAAUGUACUGAUAAUUAGUUGACCACUUGGCAUUAUUCAUAUAUUUUUAAGUUUAAAGAACUCAAUUUUUUAUGCAUUCUAGUUGUGUACUCAGUAUUUGAGAACUGAAAACAUUUAACACCUAACAUAAAUAAUGCUUGUAUCUUUUAAGUUGUGCAAAGUCCCUUGCUAAAAUCAAAUUAAAAUGUCACUAUAUGAAUUUCAUUUUUUAUUUUUAACAAAAAUGUAGACAUGUAUAAUCACUUCUCAGACCUCAGUCUUCUUAAUCAUGAAGAAUGAAUUCGGAAAGUACCUAAUUAGUUAAAUGCCUAUAGUGGCGUAUUUACAAUUUGCAUCUGGGGAUGAUAUACAAAAAGAAAUUCCCCCUAUCCCCCUUAUAGUCGGACCAAUAAAGGUGAAUUAUGUACCUAUUAAAUACUAUAAUUAAAAUUACUUAUAAUUUAAGAUCAAUUUUAUCUUUUGCAUACCACUGAUGAACGUUUGUUUAUUUACAUUUUCUAUUAUUUUUAAAUUUUAAUUGGAUAAAAUAUUGUUUCCAUUUUUAAAAGUUUCCUUAUAAAAAAAAAAUAUAAGUCAUUAAAACAGUUAGUUAAGUAAAAUGUACUGGCUAUAUUUUUAUUUUAAAAAUAUAAUAUUUAUAACUUAAUAUAAUUUUUUAACAAAUAGAUUAAUAAUAAUAUUUUUAUAAAAUUAAAAGCUCUGAGGGGUUAGGGAUAAUAUAUCAUCCUAAACACCUCUUGUAAAUACAUCAGUCAUCGCUGAUGCCUAAUAUAAUAAUUUAAUACUAAUACAAUAUAUUUAAUUCGAGCUGAUCCACUGAUAGAUAUGUAUGUACCACUGAACUGAAUACUGUACUUAGUUUAGUGGUAUGUUCAUUUGGUAAAUGCCAUCGCAUUUAAACGAUUAUGGAUGGUUUUAGUAAAACCGUUUUACACGCUGUACUUAAGUGUUAUUGAUGAUAUUAUCAAAUUGCAAUAAAAUAAAAACGGUCCAUGCUGAGAAGUAAGAUUAUUAGAAAAUUGAGAUCAACAGCUAAGAGUCGUUGCAAUAAAAAACAAAUUUAAUUGAAACAAUUAUGAAAUGUAACUGUAUUGAUACAUUCAUUUACAGCUAGGGUUUUUUUAUAUGGUGUAACAGUACGUGAAUUGUGCGUGAAGUACCUAUUAUAAAAUAUAUGUAUGAAUGUUUU